AUGCAGCUCUUCAUUCGUUCGGAGGCCGGACGCAUGUUGACUGUCGCAGUGGCGAACCCACGAGCUAAAGUGCAGGAACUGUUGUCAUUAGUCGAGGCAAAAGAACCACAUCUUUGCAGCUGUGGAUAUCUUAACUACGGCGGUGUGCCGCUGCGUACAUCGUGGUCUCUGAUGGACUAUGGUAUCCAGGACCAUGCUACGCUGGACUUGGCGCGACGACUGCAAGGCGGCUGCUUUAGCGUCUCCAUCCUCUUGUGGAUUAUGAUCUUUAUCUGCUGUCUGAUCAGCGUCUGCACUUGUGGGUUAUCGUUACCGGUGGCACUAUGUCUUUUGCCACCAGCUCUGCUUUUGCCACUUUGUUGUCUGUAA